UCUCUCUCUCUCUCUCUCUCUCUCUCUUUACUUUCUCUUUCUCUUUCUCUCUCUUUGUUAGAUAUCACAUGUCUAAUCCGAUAGCUGAUACGGCAGAAUACUUUGCUCGUUGGAAACAAUUUAGUAGAGACUCACAAGAUCCUCAAGAUGAUGAAGGACAUGCCGCUAGUCAUGGCAAUUCAACUGAUCUAGACCCCACUGUGCGAGAAGUGAAUAAUAACGAUAGCAACAUAUCAGACAACCGGUCUCAGUGGCUACGUGUUUUAAAUCGUUUAUCGUUUUUGAAUCCUUUGGAUAGUGCCAGCACUACCAACGAGAACAUGGACUUUUCUGACGAUGAUUCCAUUGUGGAUCGUGAUACGUUUGAAUUAAUGAGAAGUGCUGCUAGGCAACAACGACCCACACCUGCUUCGCGUCAUCAAAGUUUAGCGGCAGCCACUUCUAGACAUCAUAGUAUCAACGUAUCUACUUCGGCAGGUGGUGCUAUUCGUGGUAGAGAUGAUAAUGAAGAGGAUUUAAACCAUACGAUUGCACAAGAUGAAGAAGAGAAAUUACCUUCGGCCUAUGAUUUAGAGAACGAUCAUAUUGAUCCUCUGGAUGAUGAUCAUGGUGAUGGUGAAUCAAAUUAUUUCACUAGACCUUUCUUCCCAGAUCGUGCAUUUACUCGACCACCUAUUACAACUACACCUACAACUUCUAGAUCAAAUCGACAGGAAGAAGACGAUGCUGUGCGCGUAAAGGAUAAAUGGGAUAGAACACUUGACAAGUUGAAAUUAAUUGCAAAUCUACAAUCCACUCCACCACCACCUGUACCUCUUCAUUCUAAUUCAGGUCCCUCGCAUACUUUGGCUACCUAUUAUCCACCCGCAUUUGAUCCGAUCUUUGCUGCCUUCGCCAAAGACGAGUACGGCAGAAACUUGCCACCUAUUUUGUUACAAUGCAUAUAUGUAACAGUGACAGAUUCUGAAUAUUUAAAUGGAAGUAGUAUGUGGGUAUUUCGAAUCGAACUUCAAUACGGAGAUGUGAAAUGGGUGAUUCGAAGAGGCAUAGCAGAUUUUAUGGCACUUCAUUAUAAACUCAAGGUUAAAUCCAAUUUGUACGAUUACGUCUUGGACCCACCCGUUUUCCCGAAUCAAUUAUCUAACCUUUUGGAUUCGGCAAAGUCGACCAUUGGUAUCUAUAGAGAAGAUGAUAUAGAACAACAAACAAUAGAUGAUGGCGCUUCCUCUAUCAAGAGUAAAAAAGUUGCCCUGCAUCGUCGUACUGAGUUAACAAACUAUCUCAGAGCUCUAUUGCUUCGUGCUCACGUCACUGUAAGUUACGAUAUCUGUGAGUUUUUAGAAUUAUCCGCCAUCAGUAUUGUACAAGAUAUGGGUUGGAAAGGUAAAGAGGGCUACUUGAGAAAUCGUAUCAAUUAUGUGUCUCCCAGAUGCUGUCAAUUAUGGAAAACACAACGAUGGAAAACUGAAUGGAUCAUACUCAGAGAUUCGUACAUGGCAUUUUGCUCAGACACUGCAUCUUCAACCCCGACAGAUGUACUGUUGUUCGAUAACGGAUUGAAAAUCGAAAUCCAGGAACCUCGUGUUUAUUUGGGAAGCCAUCAUAUCACCAUCUGCAACGAGUCUCGCAAAAUUGAAAUUAAAGGCACCAAGCGUGAAGUAGAUCAAUGGCUUGAAAGUAUUGAGAAGGUUCAGGAUGAAAGCCCUUGGGUUCAGAACCAUCGCUUUGGUUCAUUUGCUCCUGUGCGUCAUAAUGCUAAAGUCAAAUGGUUUGUGGAUGCAGAAAACCAUUAUAAUGCUGUCGCCGAAGCAAUCUUAUCUGCCAAAGUAGAAAUUUAUAUUGCAGAUUGGUGGCUUUCGCCCGAACUGUAUCUAAGAAGACCACCAGAGGAGAACGAAGACUUUCGACUCGAUAGACUUUUACACCGCAAGGCUGUAGAAGGUGUGAAAAUAUAUAUCGUAGUUUAUAAAGAAAUGUCUGUUGCUUUGACCAUUGAUUCAGUUCAUACAAAGCAAUGGUUACAAAAUCUUCACCCGAAUAUUCUUGUGCAAAGACAUCCCGAUCAUAGUUUAUCAAAUGACAAUACGGUUCUUUUCUGGUCCCACCAUGAGAAAAUUGUGGUGGUUGAUAAUCGAUUAGCCUUUAUCGGUGGUCUUGAUUUAUGCUUUGGUCGAUACGAUACUCAUGAUCAUUCACUUUCUGAUUUCCCUGCUGAGAACUAUGAUCGCGAAGUAUUUCCAGGUCAAGAUUAUUCAAAUCCUCGAGUGAAGGAUUUCGUAAACGUUGCGCAGUAUCACAAAACAUUAGUCGACAGAAAAACAACACCUAGAAUGCCGUGGCAUGAUGUUACACUGGGUGUUGUGGGUCCCAUUGCAAGAGAUAUCGCACGUCAUUUUAUUCAACGCUGGAAUUUCCUUAAGUCGAAUAAGAGUAUGCAUCGACGCAUUGUUCCCUUCUUACUGCCCAAGGGUGAAUACGUUGCUGCUCGUGACGAAAGUAACUUUUCAGGUACUUGUAAAGUACAGCUGUUAAGAAGUUCGUCUCGAUGGUCAUCAGAUGUAGAGCGUGAGCACUCAAUUUAUAAUGCUUAUAUGGAAUGUAUUUCUCAUGCAAAGCAUUUCAUUUACAUUGAGAAUCAAUUCUUCAUUAGUACAACUCAAGACGAUAAAUUACUUCGAAAUAAAAUCGCACAAGCACUUGUACAAAGAAUCAAGAGAGCCCAUGAAAAGGGUGAGAAAUUUCGUGUCUACGUAUUGAUUCCUCUGGUGCCUGCAUUUGAAGGCGAUUUGGCCUCCAGUGAAUCUUCUUCCGCAAGAACUGUCAUGCAUUUCCAAUACGUCACCAUCUCCAGAGGAGGUGCAUCCAUCAUCGAGAAAUUAAAGGAGCUCGGCAUUGAUGCAGAUGAUUAUAUAUCAUGGUUCAGUUUAAGAAACUUUGGCAAAAUCAAGGUUCCGAAAUUCACGGCGCAAAGAACACCAACAACGCCAAAAGCCGCCACUACUAGUAGUACUGGAUUACAGAAUGAUAGUGGUACUGUAUUUGGCGAUGAGGCAGCGAUUAAAAAUCCUUUUGAUGAAAAUGACUUGUCUCGAUUAGCUACCAAUACUUCAACCACAAGUAAUGCUUCCUCCAUACCAAAUACUUUAUAUCCAGAACCUCCACAGAGCAGAAGAGGAUCAUCCACAAGUACGUCAGCAGAGUCUAAUUUGGCCGAUGAUGAUCGAUAUGAUUAUGUUAGUGAGUUGCUGUACCUGCAUGAUAAAUUGAUGAUUGUAGACGAUCGAAUUGUAUUGAUGGGAUCAGCCAAUAUUAAUGACAGAUCCCAAUUGGGUAACCGAGACUCCGAAAUUGCUAUGCUUGUGGAAGAUACCGAAAUGGUGUCCUCUUUCAUGGAUGGCAAAGAGUACAAAGCUGCCAAAUUUGCACACACAUUGCGUAUGCAGCUAUGGAAGGAACAUUUAGGUCUCUUAAAUUUUGAAAAGUGGUCUCAAUUACUGGAAGAUGAAAACGAAGAUAGACGUGUACACAGUCGAGGUGUUAGUCACGAAAAUGAGGAGCACGUAGAGACUUUAGAUAUUCCAAGUCAACAUGGCCACGGGCAUGGACAUCAUAGCACAUACCCAUCUUUAGCAAGAUCUGUCAAUAAUGCACAGGAUAUCCGGUUGAUUGAGGCAGACGAGCCUGUGAAAAUGUUGGACCGAGCCAGUCGAACCUAUAGUUUUUACGAUACAUUUAAAACACAUCACCAUCCCAAACGACAUGAUGCAGCAGCUCUUGAUCCAUUGUCAGACCAUACUUAUAACAAUAUAUGGUUAAAGCGAGCCACUACGAACACAUCUAUUUAUCGACAAUUGUUCCGAUGUGUACCUGAUGAUACAGUACAUACUUAUGAACAGCAUCGUAAAUUUAUCCCGGAUCCUAAUAAGGUGAAGUACGGACAUGUUGCGGAUCCUAAUCUCACAGAAGAUGAAAUCUGUGAACAGUUAGACCAGGUGAAAGGCCACUUAGUUUUGUUUCCUAAAGACUAUUUAAAAGAUGAAAAUUUACUGACGGGUGGUAUUAUCGAUACCGUCACACCUUUAAUUAUUUUUACUUGAAAAUGUUAUUUAUUUUUACAUACACACAUAUAUAUAUAUCCCCUCUCCCUCCUUAUCAUUUAUUUCGUAUUAUUAUACAAAUCCGUUGCAGUUAACCC